GUCAAUGACUCAUAUUGAAUCAAUCACUUUUUCGCACGGACAUUAGUCAGCACUAAUAGUGAAGUGAACGGCGGCGCUGAUAAAGACGCACACCCGAAGAUGCUCCACCGUACAUGUACGCGAGUACCCACUCGUCAUGCAUCGAUGCAUGACAGACACAGCCAGGCACAUUCACCCCUUCCCCGACAUCCUCGUACCUACAGCAGGUCAGCUGCAUGAAGUGACAGACUCAGCCAGACGCGUGAAGACAGCUAGACGGAUGAGCCGCCACAUACACACACAAAAGCAGCAAACACACACGCGGAGAGUCAUGACACAGGAGAGCACAUGUGUGGCACAUGUCCCGCCACCCAGACAGGCAGACAGCCAACAGCGUCACUGACGACCACGCACGGUCACGUAAGACGACGGCUGCUCUGUCAAGGGCUCCAUCCCAUAUGGCACGGCUCGACCUGCAGCAGGCACUGUGCUCAUUGACGCAUGUGUGGAAUGCAUGUGUAUUGACGGGUUUCACCUGGGGUCUAGUUUAUGGCAUUCGGGGGAGGUGACGCCGCUGCGGCCGAUGCCGAUGGCGUGGUAGUUGGCGCCGUCCCCGCUGCUGCUGCAGUCGGUGCAUUCACUUGCGCCUGUUGCUGGUGGAGCCCAUGCAGGAAGGGGUGGUGCCCAUGCAGCUGCGCAAUGGGCGGCCGUGCAGCGAACAUAAAGAACGGCAUCGAAAGGGCCAGUUGCGCCUGUUGCGGGUGAAAUGGCAUGGGUGUCAUGAGUUGCGGAGCAGCCGACGACGGGAGCAGCAUGGUUGGUGCGUUGGAUGCCGUGGGUGCCAUGAAUGGCGGGGCAGCCGACGACGGGAGCAGCAUGGUUGGUGCGUUGGGUGUGGUGGACCACCACUGCUGCGAAGGGGUGGGUUGGUGCGUUGGGGCGUCACCCGGGCCCUCUGAGUAGGGAAACGGCACAGGGCAAACAACGUCCUGUAUGCAGCAUUUGUGUAUAGAGGGCUUGUGCACCCACCUGCUGCAGCAUUAGAGAGGUCUGGGCUGGUAGCUUCUUGAGGGGGUGACUGGAUGAAUCCAAAGACGAAGCAGAGAUAAGCAGAGGUGCCAAGGUGCAAGCUUUUGGAUCAGUACCUGCCCCGGGAUGGGGGGGCCCUGGCUUUGGUCAUGGAUCCCCACAAACCGCUCAGACGCUGCCAACCUAUCGGUCAGUUCCGCCCGCGCCACACCCCAUUGUGGCUGUGCGUUUUGCUGGAAUCUCCUCAUCAUCGGCUCGGGCUUGACAUGGGGCAUCUGCAUAGAGUCGUCAGCUGGCCUCUGUGUCCGGCGCCAUCUCCUCAUCGUCGUCUCCACGUCGCUGAGUCGUGCACCAAGUGCACAGCGGAGGACGUCAAUGCGGACACUCACGAAGGUCCCUUCCAACUCGACCCAUGCCACACUCGCACGACCGACAGCAACCAGAAUGGCAUCUGCACACACGCACAGACACAGAGAAAUAAUGCAUGCACACCGACCGCCAGUUCCCUUCUCGUUACCUGUGUGGCCUCCACCGCUGUACACUUUGCUGUAGGUCGAGUGAGGGUUGCUGCAGGUCGAGCGAGCACCCCUCACUGCCUCUACGGUCUUCAUCAUGGUCUCCCUCAUGCUGCUCGCCAUGCCCGUCCAGAAGUCCUCAGUCAGGUGAGGGAGCUCCACACGGCUGAACUGGUUGACCAGCAGAUUCUUCAAAGAGUCGAAGGGAAGCUUCUUGACAUCGCACAGCUCCCACUGCAGCAUUGCCGCUUGAUGGUCCUCCCCGAAGCCCACGACCAGCCGAUCGUCCGCCGGGCCGUACAUCUUCACUUCCUCUUCUUUGCAGAAGAAAAUCGGGUGAGCGUAGCCCAGGAGGCGAGCGGGCUCCCCCUCGCACCCCGACUGCUGCAAGACGCAGAUGCGAAAGGCGCAAGGCACCCUCUCAGGGCCACGGCGCUUCGUCCUCUCGAUGGGCGUGCUUCUCUCCUCCCGUCGCGUGAAGUGCAUGUCCGACUCCCCCAGGUGCAAGAUGACUGUCCGAUCCGACCGCUUCACUGGCUUCACUGGUAGGUCGAAGCCGAGCUGAGCGCCAUGUGGGACAACGCGUCCCGUGAGAAGCUCGUACCGCACUAGGAUCCAUGUGCCGGUGACGUCGGGCAGUGGCCGCUCAACCUCCAGCUGAUGGCCGUUCUGCCCUCCCUGCAGAAAAUAGCAGGCCGGGCUGGCGACGGGGGUGGCAGCGAAAGGGACGUUGAGGACGUAGAGGAUCUUGUCGCUGACAUUCUGCAGCUGCUCUCCGACGAUCUUCAGCAGCUGCGGCCGGUUCGCAACGGUGCGCAGCACCUGCAUCACAUACGUACACGCGGAACACCGCAAUCAAUCGAUGGUGCCAUUGUGAUGUGGGCGAGUGCUUGCCUGGAAGUUCUGCUGGAGGAAGGCAAGCGUCGUGGUCUCGCCGUGCUCAUAUCCACUGGGUGAUUGUGUUGCUGGUACAGCUGCACUGGACGCGCUGGCGCUCACUCGAGGCCUCUUUUGCGGCGGCUCGUUAGAGCUGCCCGCACCUUCGGCGGCAUGCACCACCUGGCAAAUGACAGACACACCACACAAUACACACACACACACACACACAUAUGCGUGACACCGGCACCGAUCUCUGCAGUUUCCUUUCGUGCACGCAGCCACGCACCGGUUGUUCCUCCUCCUCUUCCUCGCCCCCUGGUCCCUCCUGCCCCUCCUCAUGCUGCAGCUGGUGUGCUGCAGCAGCUGGCUGGUCAGCCGCCAUGCCCACGUCCUCCGGGUCGUAGAGGAGAUACUUGAUAUUCUGAACAAAGACGCGGAUGCAUACGCACUCGUCAUCACCACACGCGUAUCUUCGAACCCUCUCUUGUACAAGCACUCACCUCCACACCGAUGGAAAGCUUCUCGCCGGUUUGCAGGUAUCGCACUUUGACCUGAACGAGUAAAGAGCGUCUCUCUCUCUCCGUCUGUCUGUGUGAGUGCCGGUGCAUGUAUAUAUGCGGUAUACCAGCCAUCUAUCGCGCUCGGGCUCUUCGAGCACCUCCACGUCGUAGAAGCCAUCCUCCUCACCAUCCUCCUCGCCAUCCUCCUCGAAAAGAGACGUGACUGACAUUCUCAUACCUGGUCCGCACCAUCAGCACACACUCACUCACUCACUCACACAUUCUCUCACACACACGGAGAGAGAGAUUCUUCUGAUAUCUUGCCUUUUUUGACUGUCUCGACUCGAGGGGGCUCGCGACGGAGCGCGUGCUCCUGCGGUGAGACAAAGGCUGCUCUUUGGUACACAUCUGCAGACAGGCGGCAGAGGCCAGCAAGAGUCCCACACUCACCCACACCAAGAUGCAACGCUGCGUGAUGCCUCUCACCGCUCGCGAACAGUGUGGCGGCAACCUGGAUGCGCUGGAUUGGAGUGUCCAGCUCCACGGUACACGUAGUGCCAUCGGUGUUGACGACGGUCCCGUUCCACCAGCACCCGCAGAUCACGUAAGCCGGAACUUUCUGUCCCUGCCAUUUGGCGUCCGGCGGACGACUGAACGCCAGCGCACAAGCAGCACACGUGAGCCAGAAUAUGGUUCUGUGGGCUGCACCCACCAGAAGACUUGCACGCGGACUCCCUUGCUCAGCAUGUGGCCUCCCUAUUCGCUGCGUCGUGGGAAGCGAAGAUCUCCCAAGGCAAGAUCUUCAAGCUCGCACAGGAAGCUGCAAAGAGGCGCUGCUGCGAAGCUGUAAAGAG